AUGCCAGAGGAAGACGAUAAGGUUGGCGAGUAUGCUCAUUAUAAUCUCGAUUCCGGCUGUGGCACCAUUGGAUAUGCAUUCAAAGGUAUUGCUUUCUGUAUUAAAGUUUGAAGCAUGUUACAGUAGAUAUUAUCGCUAUGAAGUUUUUAUUUUACUGUAGGGUAGAGGUAGGGUAAGGUAGGGCAGGGUAGGGUAGGGUAGGGUAGGGUAGGGUAGGGUAGGGUAGGGUAGGGUAGGGGUAGGGUAGGGUAGGGUAGGGUAGGGUAGGGUAGGGUAGGGUAGGGUAGGGUAGGGUAGGGUAGGGUAGGGUAGGGUAAGGUAGGGUAGAAUAGGGUGGGUAAGGUAGGGUAGGGUAGGGUAGGGUAGGGUAGGGUAGAGUAGGGUAGGGUAGGGUAGGGUAGGGUAGGGUAGGGUAGGGUAGGGUAGGGUAGGGUAGGGUAGGGUAGGGUAGGGUAGGGUAGGGUAGGGUAGGGUAGGGUAGGGUAGGGUAGGGUAGGGUAGGGUAGGGUAGGGUAGGGUAGGGUAGGGUAGGGUAGGGUAGGGUAGGGUAGGGUAGGGUAGGGUAGGGUAGGGUAGGGUAGGGUAGGGUAGGGUAGGGUAGGGUAGGGUAGGGUAGGGUAGGGUAGGGUAGGGUAGGGUAGGGUAGGGUAGGGUAGGGUAGGGUAGAGUAGGGUAGGGUAGGGUAGGUUAAACAAAAACUACAAAUUUAAUAAAAACGAUGUUGAAAAUUGACAAACUAUUUAGAUUCAAAAAGUCGUGGCGAGUCCCGCGAACAAGGAGUGUCCGACCUACCCGUUGCCAACAGACACAAAAUUGGCUGCAGGAACAGAAUCAGCAACAAACCCAGAAUUGGAUACAACAUUAGAAUCCGGAACAGAAUCUGCUCCAGUUCAGUUACAGAACCAGAAUUAGCCACAAGAUCAGAAUCAGCUAAAAAUCCGCACCUUCUAGCCAAUCGGCUCCCAAAUCCGGCUUCGGCUAUGAUGAUGCCUCAAUAUCCUAAUCUUCAACUACCAAACUCAGCCUUCAUUGUGGCCAACGCUGCACAUAUCCAACAAGAAAUAGCCUUGUUAUCCCUGCAUUGGCAACUCCACAAUCCGCGCUACAUGAAUCUAUAUCAAGAUGUGAAUGUUGAUGAUCAGAAUCAGAAUAUUAGCAUUGAUGAUCAGGGAUGA